AAAUUAAAGAUGAAAUCUAGAAGAGACCAGUUUGAUACAAGUGAAGCUAGAAGUAUAGCUAACACGAUUGAGAAAGGGAAUGAUCAAGAGAGAUUUAUUGGGUUUAAGAAAUCACCUGAGGGUUGCACAUUGAAAAUGUUUGGGAAAAGGUAUCUUGCUAAGAAGGUAAAUGGUCAGAAGGGAGAAAGGAUUAAGAACAAGAUUAACAAGCUUGAAGUUGAGGGGGAUAAGCCAAAACUUGUAUUCUUUGAUUUAAAAUCUUCUAAAAGAAAGAAAAGAAAUCUGAGAGCAUUUUUGGUAAUGAAGAGGCAAUUUUCUCCGGAUUGAAAGCUCUCUCCUUCCAUGAACCUGCUUACUAAUGAGAGAGAGUUUGCUUGAACUCAAAAAGACCUUGGAAAUCUCAAGCAAAACAUAUGAAAUCUGAUAUCUCGCAGAGCUGGAGGUAAUGAGCACCCCAAUGAACAGGACUCACAAAGAAACACUAAACCUAUAUACAACAAGAAGAACAACAUUCUUAAGAAGGUCAAGCCCUUCAUGAGGACCAAAAAUAUCGAAAUUGCUCCAGAUGUCAUGGCUUCUUUGAAGAAUUUCCCGAAGAAUUCAGAUGAUCGGUUUGAAAAACUGAGCGGUGAUAAGAAGGUUAGCAUCCGCCAUAUAAAACCCAGAGCUCUUGAUAUAAAAAGGUAUGCUAGGAAUACAAAGAGACCAUCCAGAGCAUUGUCCCCUACUUAUGAGAAGAACUGUGAUGAGUUGAUGCUUCAGAACAAAGUCAGGACUAACGUUGUCUCCCCCUCCAAUAUUCUGAGACCUCUGCUUGGAAGUCUUGAACUCAUGAAAGACCCAAUUUUGAACAAGAAGAGGCUGGAUAGGAAGAAGAAAUUGGCUGAUUUGAUAUCUGAUGAAGAAAUCACCCAAAUUAGAGAAAAGAUCUGGGCUAAUAUUCAUAAGGAUAAAUCUGAUGGUCUCUCUGCCUUCUCAAAGAAAUAGGAGAAGUUAAAGAACCUGCUCA